AUAUACACGCAUAUCAAUUCGCCAAUCUGCUCCUAAAGAUCCCUCCCUUCCAGAUUUCGUCUUUUCUAAAUUUUCUGUAGUUUCACUUUUUAUAGAUAAUAUAAUUUGUUAAUUGUCUCUAUAGUGAUGGCAAGUUCUGAGGAAUCUAGCCCCCUUUUGACGAAGCAAAAUCAAGAACAACAAACAAAGGAUGAAAAGGGAUCCAACACCACUGCCAAACCCGGUGCAGCUCCUCCGCCUGCGGAGGCUAUGAAGCAAUCGACACCGGCGGUGCCAAUGGGCUGGACCGCUGAUGGGGUGCCCAUGAGCUUUUUAGGUGAACCGAUGGUGCAAAGGUCCCAGUGGGACUCCGGUCUCUUCUCUUGCCUUGGAAGGAAUGAUGAGUUCUGCAGCAGCGAUCUCGAAGUUUGUUUGCUAGGUAGCGUGGCUCCAUGUGUGCUCUAUGGUAGCAACGUUGAGAGACUUGGAUCAGCUCCCGGUACUUUUACCAAUCACUGUUUGUCUUACACUGGUCUUUACUUUAUUGGAAAGACCCUUUUUGGCGGGAACUGCCUAGCGCCUUGGUUUUCAUAUCCAUCUCGCACAGCCAUACGGCGGAAGUUUAACUUAGAGGGAAGCUGCGAGGCGCUGGCCAGAUCCUGUGGAUGCUGCGGAAGCCUUGUCGAAGAUGAAAUACAACGCGAGCAGUGCGAAUCAGCCUGUGAUUUUGCAACUCAUGUCUUCUGCCAUGCAUGUGCUCUUUGUCAGGAAGGACGUGAGGUUCGUCGUAGGCUUCUUCAUCCCGGGUUCAAUUCCCAACCAGUCUUGGUCACAAUUCCACCAGGCGUACAGACCAUGGGUCGUGGGGCCUAAGUAUCUGCCUAAGCACGAGCAACUUGGAUAUUUCUAUAAUUUGGAUAUUUAUAUUCAGAACGUUUGUUCAGCUACAUUAUGUAAAAAUUAUGCUUGCAAGUCUCAACUUUGUCCCUAAAAAAAAAAGAAAAAAAAAUGUGGUCGGUAGAAUGGUGAUAUUAUUAUGUCUUUGUUUAAAACAUAUAAUAAGCAAUAUCGAGGAUUACCUGUAGGAAAAAGUAUAAUGUACUUCAGUAUUUUGAGACA